GUACUUUUUUGGACUUUUGCGCUUAUCCUUUUUGAACAGAGCAGGCGAAGGGGCUUUUGAAUUGAAUUUCUCUCCGCACAUACAAACCGUUUCCAAACAGAGAGUCUAAAAUUCUUUAGUACUGAAAAGAUCGCGGUUUUGUAGAGUCGUCGUACGGAUUUUCCUCGUCGUCGUCAACGUCGUCGUAUAUGAGUGUGUCGAGUGUGUUUUUUUUUCAUCAAAGAUAACACAAAAUUGUUUAGUGUUAAAUGGUGAUUUGUAUAUUACUCGAAUAAUCUUAUCUAUACACUACAUACGCAAAAACGUACAUACAUAUGUAUCCGGUUAUUUAUUUGAAGAUGAUCAAACAAAAAUAAUGUCAAAUUAGUUGUUGUUGUCAGUUUUGAUGGUUUUCUAAGACAAUAUUUAUUGACGGUUUCGGUAGUAAAAUCUUUGCCCCUCUCGUAACUCGUGGUGGUUUUAAAUUGUUGAUUUCGAUUUUCUCUGAAGCUGCGAAGAUGGAUUAACCGAGUGCGGAUUGGGAAAUGUCGGAUUCAAUGUGUUUCUAUUUGGGAAUUUUAGUGUAAAAUUUGAUUAAAAAAAAUAAUGUCCAACUAAAGUUUUGAAUUUGUGAAAUACCUUAAUAAAAUAUUAAAUUACAUAAGUGUUCAGGGCUAAACAAGAAAAAAAAUUGAAAAUAAUCUUCAGGGAUACCUACAUCAACAAAAAAGGGAAAUAUUAAUUCUGGUUCAAUGUAAAUUAACCCCCUUCUGGUUGACAUAAAUAAUUAAUGUAAAAUAAAACAUUAAUUCAGUGGCCCUCUCUUAGCAUACACUUCAAUAAAAAUAAACCUAACCAAAAAGUACACAGAGCAAGGAACAGCACCAGCAAAAUCCAGAGCCACAUCAAGAAAAAAUAACUUACAAAACAAAAAGGAUAUGCACGCAAUAUGUUUAGAGUACAAGGAAUAGAAAUAUGAUUUACAAAAAGAAUACCAAAAUACACAACAGGAGAUAGCAUUGCUGCUUGUUGAACAAAAAUAAAACAAAAUAAUACCGAAAAAAAACUCCUUCAUCGCCACCAUCAUAGCUGGAUGUUAAGUUAAGCUUCCCCUUCGGCAUGAUACAAAAUUUUGCAAAAAGCCAACAAAGUGGCCGAGUAUCAUAAAUACCAAAUAACAUCAUCAAUCCCAUGCAGAUGAUCCUGAUGUAGAAUAGACCGGGGGAUGGUAGAGAGCGGUGUGACGAUGAUGAACAUAUCGCAUAAUCGUGUCCAUCACAGCUACAGAAUUUAACUCAGUUUAUUUCUUUUUGCUCUUCCAUUACUUCGACGAAACAUAAUCAUAUGGGCUGCCACUGUCAUCAGCAGCAGCAGUAGCAGCAGCAGCAAUACAAGCCGGAACAGGACCUGCUAUUCAAAUGAAGCAAUUUCCUCGGCGAUAACAAUAAAACCUCACUUCCUUCGCAGGAGGCUCUGUAUACAGACACAUCCAAUCGUACAAACAAGAGCAGAAGCACAAGCUCUUAGCAGAGAGGCAACAUCAGCACUGCGUCGCACUGCUGUGCCCCACCCUGCCUUCUCAUCAUCGUCGUGGGUAUAGUACCUAUAGGUAUAUUCAUAAAAAGGACUCUUGGCUUCCUUCCUGUUGAGGUCGUCAACGUUUUGGUUUUUGGAUGGAGAAAAAUAUAUAUUUAUCGUAAAAAGUAACCGCAUACCACUGGGGUUACGACUGACGGGAUUCUUGUUCUGAAUCAAAAGGCCAACACCACCGCGCCGCGCUGAUGGUAUGUGCCUCUUUCCUCUAUAACCGUAGAACCAACUAACCAACCUUUUUCCCUGCUGCAGAUCGAUGAAAGUGCUCAACAUAUGCAGGAAACAUAAAGGAUGAAUCUUAUAUUAAAUACAUAAUUAAAAAAAAAAAAAAAAAAGAUAUUUUGCUCCACGACUCGUGCAAAUGACGUGUAAUCGCAUAAAAGUUACUAUAUAUACAUUAUAACGCACGUGAUGUGUGGCAGCCAUUCAUCCAAAGCGGUACAUGGUUGUAGAAAAUGUGCCGAUAAUAAUGACAGCUACCAAGUUGUUAUUCUGAAAUUUGUACCUUAAAAGCGAACACAACACCACACAACAAAGCAAUCGCAUUAACAUAACAUAAGAUACUAAAAUAUCUAUCAUACCUGCCCCCAUAUAAACCAACAUAAUAUUAUAAAGCUCCUGAGAUUUUUUUUAAUUCACCAACCGACACAUUCCAGUUUGUGGCAUUAACGUAAAAAAUAAGGGCUUACUCAAAGCAAAAACUCCAACCUUUUUAUUAAAAGCAACAAAUCUUUUGUUUAUUUAUUUUUGUCUUUUAUUUCUUUUGAUCGACAAAAUUUUGUACGGCUCUGUGAUAUUUAUUGUGAAAAGAAAAGUGCGUCGGGGAUACCUGUGUGCGUGCGAGUUCUUUAACCUUUUAGUUUUUUUUCGGUUGUAUUUUUAAUUGCGUGAAUUUUGUCUUAUUGUUUUUGGUUUUAAAUUCUCAGUUCUCAAAAAAUUGUUACUGUACAUAACUUGCGGCGUGUACCUCCUUCCUUGCUUAAGAUAAAAUACAACAAAAACAAAAACAUGGAGUUUGCUUCUCCGAUUAUAUUUUGCAUCAUUAUGAUUUGUUUGCGACACAUUUCAUCGCAUGAACACGCCGAUGGAUAUAAGCCAGAUGGUGAAAUACUUCGUGUUCUAGUUAAUAGUUCUGCUCAAAUAAAAUGUGAUGUAGGAUCAAGUUUACCAGAUGACAAGGUUCUUCUUGUUGUUUGGUAUAAAAAUAAUCUUCCAAUUUAUAGUUUUGAUACAAGAGGUGCUCAUGCUGGUACCCCAUCGCAUUGGAGAGAUGAAGAAGUACUGGAAGACCGAGCGGUCUUUAGAACGCACAAAGAGCCAGCUGAAUUGAUAAUAAAUCCUGUUAAAAAAAAGGAUGCAGGGAAUUUCCGAUGUAGAGUAGAUUUUAAGUUAUCACAAACUAGAAAUAGCAAUGUCAAUUUAGAAGUUGUUGGAAUUCCUGCGCCUACAGUAACAUGGCUCAUGAAUGGUCAAAUGCAAAAUGGAAUAACUGACUUCUCUUAUGAUGGAACUGUAAAUAGUAAACUAGUUGUCAGAAAUUUGUCACGAAUACAUCAACAUGCUAUUUAUACAUGCCAAGCCAGUAAUUUUCAUAAAAAAUAUGUAUCAACCAAUAUCACCAUCGAGCUGUACUUAAGACCUCUUUUGGUGGAAAUAUCAUUUAACAAUCAACCAAUGUCAGCGGAUAGAAAAUAUGAAAUUGAAUGUCAAGCGAUAGGAUCAAGACCGCCAGCAAAGAUUACGUGGUGGAUGGGCAACAUUGAAUUGCAUGGGCACAGUCAAAAGGUAUCCGAAGAUGGAAAUGUAAGCAUAUCCGUUUUAUCUCUAACGCCAACAAGGGAAGACCAUGGCAAAGGCUUAGCUUGUCGUGCAACAAAUGAACUUGUGCGAAAUGGAAUUAGAGAGACUGCAAUGAAGUUAAAUGUUUUCUUUAUACCAACAUUGCAAUUGGAUCUCGGAUCAAAUCUUAAUCCAGAGGACAUAGAAGAAGGCGAUGAUGUUUAUUUUGAGUGUAAAGUUCAAGCUAAUCCGGCGGCAUACAAAGUUAUUUGGAAACACAAUAACCAAAUUAUUCAACAUAAUCAAAGAGCUGGGGUUAUUGUCAGCAGUGGUGAUUUAGCUCUUCAAGGUGUCACACGCCAUCAAGCUGGUAAUUACACAUGUACGGCGUCAAAUGUUGAAGGCGAUGGUGACAGCAAUAUUGUUGAACUUAAAGUGAUGUAUAAGCCAAUAUGUCGACAGGAUCAAAAGAAAAUCUAUGGUGUUGCUCGAAAUGAAGCCGCGGAAAUAUCUUGUGAGGUUGAUGCAUUUCCCCCACCGGAAAAUUUCAAAUGGUCAUUCAAUAAUACCGCAGAGACAUUCGAUAUGCCACAAAGUGGCUUCCGAGCACAUUCAGCGCAAGGAUCAACUCUAACCUAUACCCCGGUAAAGGAAAUGGACUUUGGCACCAUUAUGUGCUGGGCGGAUAAUAAUGUUGGACAACAGAAGGAGCCUUGCGUAUUUCAUUUAAUUGCUGCCGGAAAGCCAGAAAUACCAACAAAUUGUACUGUGGUUAACCAAACAUCGGAUUCAUUAGAAGUUUAUUGCAUUGAAGGAUUUGAUGGUGGCCUUAGACAAUGGUUCCUUAUGGAAAUAUUUGAUCAGCAUAGUGGCAAUUUGCAAGCGAAUAUUUCAUCGAAAUAUCCCAUUCUAAGUGUGACACACCUUGACUCAGGCCGGCUGUUCAAGAUCUUCGUGUAUUCGGUGAACUUACGAGGUCGUAGUGAAGCUGUCAUAUUGGAAGGUUUCACACUGAAGGCAGCUGAAAAACAAACAGUUGCACUCACAUCAUACAAAGGAUCUCAGGCAAACUUUGAGCUAACACCAAUCCUUUCGGUUGGCAUUUUUGUUGGAGUCUUAGUUGCAUUAGUCUGCAUUGGAAUUGGUACAAUUGCUGCAUUGAAAUUACGCUCGCAUAAACAACAACAGAAAUACCAACAUCAAAAUCAGAAAUUCUCACGUCCAGGCAAUUUACAAAUUAAGGAUAAAAUAUCCUUGCCAUUGAGUCAUUCCGAAGAAAUGUAUGAUGAAAAAAAUCCAGAUGUUGUGCCCUACAAUGAAGUGGAUGGUGAAUACAAACAGAAAUCAGCAACACAAACGCCAUCAGGACAUUUGUCUACCACCAGUGAAGCGGAAAUCACGUGCAACCCAUCGGACGACCGGGGCUUAUACCAAUCUGCAAAGGACGAUGAACUGCACUAUGCUGAACUGGCUCUAACCGGUCCGCCAAAGAAGUCCGUAUCAGUUGACUGCAGCAGUAUACUUUUAAGUAGCAGCAGUGGCAGCAGUACCAAGAAACUGCUGCCCAAUUGCCCUCCCACAAAUCUAACAACUAGUACACUGAAUAGAACUAAAAUGGCAGCACCACCACCCGCCUACGAUUACUUUGACGAACCAACGAUAUACGCUCAAAUAGAUCACUAUAAGACGCAAGGCAGUGCCUCGGCGUCAAACUCAUCCACAUCACCAUUCCCGCCCUGUAUAUCAUCACCCGUGUCGCAGGGAACACCGUCGACGGUGUCUCCCGGAACAGUGGCCAUUUAUGCUAUGCCGCAGCAUCCUGGUGGAUACCACACACUGCCGCAUCAUCAUCACCAUCAGCAGCAACAACAGCAUGCAGCGUUGACGCUAGGACAUCCAGUGGCGACGGCAAUGGGUGGUAGUGUUUCACCGGCUCCAGCAACCCACAUGGCCCUCAAACAACAACAGCAAUCUCUAGGUAGUUCUGCUGGACUAGCAGCAGCGAUUGGAAGCCCAACAGCAGCUGUGGUGCCAUCGGGUAUGGGAAAAUCGUACUCUCGGGAAAUAGUUACUGUACGGACCCCAUUAAUGUACUCGCAGCAGGAGAGUUGUGUUUAAUUUUAAUUUAUUGCCACUCCACCUCCCUUCAACGAUUAUUUUCGUGUUUUCCUUGUAUUAAUGCUGCCUCUGGCUCAGCCUCUGCCUCAGCUUCUGCCUUCGUUACCCAAUGUAUAUCCUUCAGUUGAUUUGAUAUGUUGUUUUUCCGAGCGCAGUGUAAUGAAAAUUUAUAUUUGUUAUUAAAAUGAAAACAAGAUAUUAAUUCAGAUCAUUGUUACUCUGGCAAUGGCAACAAAAAAGUCAACCUCACAUUCCCCCCCCCCCCCCCUCUUUUCACGUAAAAGUUUUAAUUCGUUAUGAAUAUGAUCAAAUGUCUGGAUGACAAGUCAGAAAAAGUGAUGAAAUAAUAUUCAUCUCCUACUUUUCCCUAUCACCUCUCCUAAAAAGACGACACGACACGAGGUCUACAGUGAACGCUAAAUUAGCGUAAAUAAAUCGGUUGAACGUCAACAUCAACAUCAUGUUCAUGAGUGAGUUGUUUUUCUGACUCGUGAGUAAAACACAACCGUGAGUGCUUUUUACAAACAAUCAACUGAAGGCCAAUAUUACAUACAGAAAAUGUGUAUAAAAUGAACAUAUUAAUUUAAUUUUGUAUAAAAUUAUUAUAAUACAGCAGAUACAAAAGUUUCGCAUGAUUUAAUUUAAUGAUAAUGCACAAAGUGAAGAAGAAGUUGUUAAAAAAAGUGCUUUUUCAUAAAUAUUUAUAUGUACAUAUACUAAAUUUUCUCUUUGAGUUAAAUUUAAAAAGAAACAAAUUUAUUUAUAUCUGUUAAUUUAAGUUGAUUAAAGUUUAAGCCUUUUUUUGCUCCUUGUUUUUCCCAUAGGUUUUCGGUACUUUAAAGAUUGAUUUAUGUAUAAAAGUUUUUCUUAAAUAACGCAAUCAGUUCUUAAAAACAAAAGCAUUUUCACAGCUCACAAAAUAAAAAAAAAAACUCUAUUUCUGAAUAUUAAUUAAACUUUUGGAAAUAGGAAAAAUACAUUAAAACAAAUUUUCAGACUUCAUCGACUUGUGUUGCCAACAAAACUGUUAAAGGAAUUCUAGGAUCAUCACAUCUUUCGAACUCUGGUCGUUAAUCGUGUAUUUUUAAAAACAUACUGAUCUGCCUGGGCGAUGGUCCUUUUUUACUUAGUCUCAACUAAGAGUUUAUCAAUUUUUUAAAUUAUGACAAACGAUCAUUAUAUUUGAGACGCUCUUCAUUUUUAAUUUUAGACUAAUCACAAAUUCUGGGAAGAUAGAUACAGGCGUCAAUUAUAAUAAAUUUGAAAUUCCUGUUUUUCUAUGAGGUAUAACCAAAAGAAUGAUAUAUCAAAACAUCAAAAAUCUUCCCUUAUUUGCAAAAAUGUGUAUCUAAGAAGUUUUGGUUGCAACUUUCUGCUUGCCAAACGCAUUUAAAUAAUUUGACGAUUCAACUUAAAAGAAAACAUUCUAUUGACUACACAUUCUACUCAGGAGAAGUGUUCUGAUAUAAGCAUAAAGUAAAUAGAGUUUUAAGUUGUAGGCAAGUCAAGCAAAAUCAUGCAACCCAAACGUCUUGGACACACAUUUUUGCAAUCAGGGGAAGUUUUGUGAUGUUUUGGUAUAUCUUUUGGUUAUACCUUAUGGGGAACUAUUUAUCGGGGUUUUAAGUUUUAAAAUGUGCCUUGCAAGCAGAAGGCUUAAAUUAAACGUCUUAUGUCCGAUUUAAUAAACAAACACUAAAAGCACUUUUUUCUAAAAGCUUUUUAAAUUUUAUCAUUCCUAAAUUUGUUCAGUUUCACCAAGCUAAAAAUGGGUAAUUUCAGGGAUAUUUUUGAUAAAUAGAGCUCUCCUCACAACCCUGUAAAAAGAAAACCUCUUUUUUCUUUCUAUUAAGCGAAUUGUGUGAGAAAAAAUGAGAAAGCAUUAUAUGUUGAAAUAAAUGACAAGAAUCUCAAAAUACAACAGAGUAAACAAAUCAAAAACAAACGUUUGAGUAAUCGUGUGGCUUGGACGGUGGCGUAUAACUAUAUAUAUGAUGUUCUUCUUCGUCAGAUGAAGAUGACGAAUCUAAUAUUCGAAUUAAAAAUUAAAAUCAUAAAAAUAAUAUUAUAAAUAGUAAUGCAAUGUUGAAUUGGUUAACCUAUUCAUUCCGUAUCGAAAAAUAUUGAGAAUAAACAUUUUACGAAGUAAAACAUCAGCUGUCAACCUGUCAUUUUCAUUUUUUAAUGGCACUUUUAAAAUUUAAUGAGCCAAAAACGGGCAUUUAGUUUUAAAAGGGGUGUAAUAGCUUAUUUUCUUUAAAAACGCUUGGUGAAACCAAAAUAUCCCAUUUUACAGUUUAAAAUCUUGUUAAAUGUUUGAAAGUUGUUUAUGAAAUUGGGCAUUAGACACACAUUACCCGCGUUUUGUUUGAAAGUAGAAUAGUAGGAUUUUACACGAAUAAGAAAAAUAUUAUCCGCAGUAUGAAUACUACCGAUGAAAGUUAAAGAAGAAUCUUGCUACGGAUUUGAUUUUGACAUUUAUACGAGCCUCGAAUGGAUCUUAUGUAAUUUCAUUCUCACAUGUUGGUACGAUUGAUAUUGCAUUUGUAUCUCGAUGGCUGCGUUCGUUGAGUAGUUGUGCAUUUGGAAUUAUGAAUGGGUAGGGAAAAAAUAUCAGUCUAUUAUUGUUUAUAUUAUUUAGUUUUUUUUUAUAAUGAAAAUGGACUAAGUGGGCUUAUUUUGCAAGAGCAAACAAUAGAAAAUAUAAUUAAGUUUUGCUAUGUUUCCACCAAAGGUUUAUCUCAGAUUAGAUAAACCUUCCUGUACUCGCGCAUUUUGACAAGACACAUAUACUCCCGCACGGUCUCUCAGACCGAGAUUUUAUCUCGUCUCUACGUUCACGAAUAUGUUUUUUCCAAUUAGUUUUGCGGUUUAUUUUAAAGAAAGUAAUAAAGUUAAAUAAAACAAAUAGAAAAACAUAGGAACUUUAUACUUUAUUUGGUAGCAAUUUCAUUUUAAACAGGCUUCUCAAAAAAUUUAGUUUUUUUAGGACCUUAGCUUAAAAAAUAAAAAUAAAUAUUUUUUUUCAAUAAAAACAAACAAAAACUUAAUAAACUUAAAACUUAAUAAAACAUAAAUGCAUACUCGAGAAAAAAAUAUUUCUUGCAUUUCAUGUAGUUGUAUUUUGUUUUUCGGUUUUUUUUUUUUGAAGAGCUAAAUGAACAGCACCCUGUUUGAUUAUUUCCAGAUGAUCCUGGAUUAGUUUGAUCAAGUUUGCACACUUCUAAAAUCCUCAGUCUCAAUGUUCGUGGCAGACUCAAAAUGAAUGCCCGUUUUUUAGAUGAGGCAUUAUUAGAUCAUAUGACAGUUUUUCAAUAAACUUUCUGGGGCUUGUUUUUGUGUCCAUAUGUAUAUGUCCAUAUUAUAUAUGUAAAAUAUAAACAUCCCUAAAGUAAAACAAUAUUUUUCACCCACCAAUGUUCUAAAAUAAAAAAAAUUACUUACCCAAAAAUUGUAACACUUGUACUCGCGUUGGUCUGACAGACCGAAAACACGUAAAAAACACAACACGUCUACCUGGCAAGUGUCCUUGCGCCCAGCUAAUCGAAAGAGAAUACAUAUAUAGGAAGCUACUGAGAACUUCAAAGAUGCACGGAUGUUAUUUUUCAAGUAAACAAAGAAUUAAUGAUUUGUCGGUCUGAGAGACCAAUGCGCGAGUAUAGAAAGGUUAAAAAUGAUUAAGUUUGACAGCACUUUCUAAAAUGCAAAAGGUUUUUGGAUGUUUCUUAUGAAGUGGAAAAAAGAAAGUUUAAUUCGUGUUAAACAAUGAAGAACUGAAUAGUUCAGCACAAUAUAAGAAUAUGCUACCUACUCCAUGUGUUUUUUUUUUUAAUUUGAUUUUAAAAAAAACUAUAUUUUUCGUACAAAAACAUGCAAAUAGACAGCCCAUAACGCAUUAUCUGUAAAACCAACUCCUCCACACAGGUUUUUCUUCACAAAUUUUGACUCGACUUCGAUUCCUGAUCGGAAUCGAGGCGAAUCAAGUUCAUUUCAACUCGAUUCAGGCAUAUGAAGAAUUUAGGUGAGCUUCAAGCUCGCAUCUACACCACAUGUUAAUGUAGUAGUGUACGAACAAACCCCCUUCUUGUAGUUUUUAUUUUAUGUCGAAUUGUUUGGUUAAAACUUUGAAAUCCACUAUCUCAUUACACAGACGUAUUUUCUUGAUUUUGAUAGUCAACUAUCAAAAAUCAGCUUACACGAUUUCACCCCUGGUCUCAAUUUCAAUUUGUUUGGAAUUUAAUAUUCUGGCAAAUAUUAAAUUAAAUCAACUUUGAAAUAUAAAAACCGGACUACUGUGCAUCGUUCUUUUGGCAAUUUCUCACUGUACUAUACAACAUGGAAUACCAAAAAAAAAAACACAGCUAUUUUUUGAAAUCACGAGAUUUGUUCCUGAUUUUUUGGUGUAUCCCUCAUGUACUUAUCAUUCUGACCUCAAAAGCGAAAAAUGAGCAUUUUCUAACGCUUAAACUUCAACAACAGCUGAAUAAAGUCGUUAAAAUAUUAAGGAAUUUGGUCUACUAGAAAUAAUUUGUGAUUCAUUUGUGUCACCUUUCCUUUUACCACAUUAACCAGACUGUUAUCUGUCUAAAAUUAAAAUUCAAAGCUUUCAAAAAAGGAAGAAAAAAAUUAAUUGUAAUAUUAUUUGAUAUUUUAUUUUGAUGCAUCAAUGGAACCAUUUUAAAAUUUCAGUUAAAUGCUUUCGUAUCUCUUUUUACUUUGAAUGCUAUGAAUUCAUGGAGAGUUGAAAGCGUAAUGAAAAUGUAAAGUGCUAUUGGAAAUUAUUUGAGGUACUUAUUUAACAUAUUUUUUUUUUUCAAAUUAUUAGCACUUUUAGUCAGCGUUAAGUAAAUACUUGCUUUAUUUCAUAAGUAGUGUCUGUAGCCAAGCAAUGAUAUUUUUCUAGACAAACAAAAGUUUUAAAAUAAUAUUUUAUUUCUGCAAUAAAAAAGGCUUAAAUGAAUUACUUAAAGUUUUGUUAAUUCAAAAGAUAGUCGUUAUUAUUUUAUUUAUUUAUAUUUUUAAAGAAAAAAAGGCUAAGCACAAAAGGUUGUGGUCGCGUCUAAUUUGCUAUAAUUAUUUUUAAGACAUUUUAUUAACUAAUCUUUUAACAAAUACUGCAACAAAAAAAAAGAACUCUCUCAUUGAAUUUAUAAGUCAAUUUUGUAAUAAGAAAAAGAGCAAAUAAAUACGAACAAAUUUAAGCAAUAUCAACCCCUAGUUUUACAAUUUUCUAAUAUUUUUUUUAUUUUUUGAUGAACUAUAUAAUAUGUAAACAUAUGAAAUUCAAAACGUAAAAAAUACCAAAUUCAAAGAUGAUACGACGAUUUAAAUGUUCCUUCCUUAUACUAAGGCUAACAAUAAACUUAAACAAUCUAAUUGUAAAGUUUCUCAACAAGAAAAAAUCCAAAAAAUAAAACAACAACAAAUGUGUGUAAAUA